GGCAAAGCGUUGAGGGGCUGGUCGUGCCUCGUCGAUUUUUAAACCUCGUUUUCCUGUUUGCAAACUACGAGAAGCUGAAAUUUAUCAUAAAAAGACGGAAACAGUACAGUACAGUGUGUGGAAAAUCAGUUUGAAUAGAAUUACUUGGUAAUUGAUCAUCAUACGAUCGCGAGGAUCCCACAAUACAUUCGGGAAAGAGAUUGCUGGAAAAGAAGGAAAUAAACGAAUUCCCGAAGUUCCUGUAGAUCCUGGGCUGGAUAUUAGGAUUAUCACGCAGCAGACUCACAGCAGCCCGCCGCAUCGGCCAUCAUCAGACGUUUACACCGUAGCUCGUUCGGUCGGAGACGAGCUAGUUUAGUGUUUCUCUAGUGCAAACCUAGUGUCCUGUAGUCAAAGAAAAUAAUCGAACCGCCUGCCGUCCCGAGGUGUGCGUGUGGUGCCCUUGGAUUUGAAGAAGAGGCUCCUCAAUCGCCGUUUGCGUUUUCCCCAUCAAAGGGCCCCACUCCCCACUCUGUGCGGUUGAUUGAAAGAAACUCGGAACCAAGUUUGCAACGAAAGGGUGCCCGGGAAGGGCCAUCCAUUGGUCACUAUCUACUGUCUCGCUUUCGUACUCUUUCUCGCCUGGUAUCGUCUCUUCCUUCGACACCACGCGGUGCUCCAUCAUGAGUGUGUACGGUAGCAACGUGCAGCCAGCCAACGUGAGUGUGAUCAUUCGCCUGCAAAACCUACCCUUGGCGGCCAAUGCGUCCGAUGUGCGCGCCUUCCUCGCAGGGCUCUCGAUACCGGACGGUGGCGUUCAUAUCGUCGGUGGUGAGCGAGGCGACGCGUUCAUUGCGUUCAGCAACGAUGAAGAUGCACGGCAGGCAAUCUUUCGCAGCGGACGCCCGGUGAAGGGUGUUCCGGUAUCACUGCAACUCUCGUCGAGAACGGAAAUGCAAAGAGUGAUCGAAGAGGUUCGAAGAGCAGCUCAAGCCUAUGAGCAACAGAGUCGUGGAGAUGACGAACCAUUGCUGCCGUCUGACGCUACAGUGGCUACCUCUCCGCUUUCUGCAGUUCAUCCCAAUAUACUGACGAGUCCUAAGGCACUGUCUGCGGUCGCGAGUGUUGAAGGACGUCAGGGCGUGUUGCCGGUCGCUGCUGCUUCAGUAAUGAAUGCCUACGGAGCUCUCGCGACGGUCGGCAGCAACGUUGCCAAAGCUGCUCAGCUUCAACCGCCGAUCAUCAGUUUGACCGAAUUUCUGGGUGGUGUCGGUGGCACGGCCGCUCAAAAGGCGGUAACCACGCCAGCAAUUGAUACAACGAAGCCAUCGCCUCUGGUUGCAGCCACGGCAGCACCUGCUGCUGUUGCUGUUGCUGCUGCUACUACUGCUGCCGCCAGCACGGUUAGUCCGUUGGCGUUACCCGGUGGUUCGUCCUAUCAGGAAAUCCCUGGAUUAUCGCUGGUAGGAGGAAACACACAGGAAGCUAGUAGCGGUGUCGCCGCUCUUAGUAGUUCCGGUAUAGCUAGCUGGCUAUCAGCUAUCAGUGAGCAGUUACAGCAAACUACUGCUGCCCAGCAACGCAUUCAACCCGCGGCCAUGAAGGCGACGACACCGAUGGGCGCGACCAAUGCGCUGUCGACCGCGUUAUCGGCCGCAUACGGAUCGGCGGUGAUCACAAACAACAUGAACAGCAUCAUGACUAACACCAUGAGCAACAACAUCAGCAGCAACAAUAAUACGAUGCCUUUCCUCGGUAAUGGGCAGCCGAUUGUAUCCGAGGGUCCUUGGAAAACGCUGGAACGGGAGAACAAUCGUCGUAGCAGAUCAUCCUCGCGCGACCGCCACGACAACCGGAGCCGGCAGGAACAGUCACGCCACCAGGGACGACAUCAACAGCGCCGUUCGAGCCGUUCAUCAUCCCGCGAACGACGCCGUCGGAGUCUGUCGUCUUCGCGUGAACGUGGUGGUAGUGCUAGCCGCGGAACGCGGAAAUUCCGCAGCUCACGUUCCUCAUCUCGUGAACGCUGGUCCCGCAGCUCAAGCCGUGAGCCACCAUCAGCUGCGGCGCAACGUCAGCGCCAACGUCAGCGUAGCCGUAGCACGAGCCGUGAUCGGUUCGGCCGUACCCGGAGCAAGCAGCGUAGCAGAUCGCGUUCCCGCGAUCGUCAUCGAAGCAGUCGAGAUAGUAGCCGGGAAAGAAACCAACAGGGAGGCGGCAGCAGCGGAGCAGGCACACGAGACUCGGCGCGAUCACGCUGGAACCGUCCGGAGCGAGCCUCGAGGUUUAGCGAUCGGGACAAUUCGAUCGAUUCUAACUCGAAUCCAUCACAGCAGCUGUGGAAUUCCUUUAACAAUAACACAAACAACAACAACAACAACGGUAUACCAUUCACGGGAACUGCGGCUGGUUUGCAGCACCAGCCCGUAUACACUGGGCCCGCUGGUGCUAUGCUGGCCACGAUGAACCAAGUCAGUGAACCAAUCUUUGGGCUACACACGAUGACUGCACUGGAACAGCAACAGCGCGCACACAUUAUUGGGCCGCACGGUAACGUGAUACCGGCACGCAGUGGUAAAAUCACUCCGCCACCUUCGCUGGGCAACGGUGGUUCCGGAGGAAUGUUCCGGAGCACCUCACCGUUGCACGAGAGUGUGUACACUGGGCGAAAUACGAGCGAUUAUGCGGUGCGGCUCGCUAAUUUAGAUUCACUCACGGGCUACGGUGAUAUUCGACGUUUCUUCCAUUCGCACACGAUCGCUACGCAAGGCAUCAAGAUGAUCAAUGAUGAGCAGGGCCGGCGGACGGGAGUGGCGUUCGUGCAGUUCGCACGCAAGGACGGCAAAACGAAUGCUCUGCACCGCAACGGUACGCUGUUUCGACAGAGGAACAUCCAGGUGGAGUCGAUCACGGAUCAGGAGUUUGAACGGGCGAUCGAUUCGUAUCGACCGAAUGGUGGUGGCGGCGCGGAUGGUGGUGAUCGUCGUCGUGCGAGACGAAACGGUGGUCGGUCACGGUUCGACGAUGGAAACGACGAGGUGAUCGAGAUCGAUGCCGAUCAGAGUAACGAUGGCAAUAAUGGCGGCAGUAGGUGGCAACGCGGCGGCCAGCAGGAACGAGAUCGCGAUCAGUCCGAACAGACACCGACGACCGCAUUGAAGGUGCGGAACCUACCGACGCUGACGACCGAGCAGGACAUAAUGAAGAUGUUCUCCGAUUUCACCGUGGUCGAGGUGCUGAUUGUGCGCAACCAUGUAAUACCGAAGCAGCUCGAUGGAUAUAUUCGGUUCCAUCGGCAGGAGGACGCCCGGGAAGCCUGGUCCCAGACCCAUCGCCAUUACAUAGCCAACAAGCGGGUGAUGGUGCGAAUGUGCUCCGAACUUGAUUACGCGGUGGCCAAGAAUGAGUACGAAAACCCAGUGGAGCCGCAGCAACCCAAGGAAGAUGAGGAGGAAGUGAAGGAGAAGCAGCAGCAGAUGAAUGCGGGUGAUCGCGAUCGUCCAUCACCCUCGCCACAUGACGACGACGUGCAGAUUAUCGGGGAGGUACAGAGGCCAACGAACUUUAAGGGAAUACUCGGUGGUGAUCCAGUGCGCGAUCCUUUCCGACGUUCCGUUGAUUGGAGCAUCGAGAAGAAUUGGGACGAAGAAGAGGAAAAUAUGCCCCCUCGUGGUAGGCAGGGCUCGGUGGAUGGACGUGAUAUGGGUCCCUCCCCCUCGAUGCAACCCCAGCAGCAUGGGGUUGUUGGACGGGAUCCACGUUUGAAUCGUGAUCCGAGAAUGAAUCGUUUCGGAAGCAAUCCGGAUCAGCAGCAGCAGCAACAGCAGCCGCAACAACCACAGCAACAGAACCAAGAGAGGCAAAACAAUGGGAUGGAAGCAAACAAUCAGCAACAACAGCACUUACAGCAAUUGCAGCAACUGCAGCUCCUCCAGCAACAGCAGCAAAUGCAGCAGCAACAGCAAAUGCAGCAACAACGCGACAAUGGUGAUCGAUGGCCAAUGCAGCAUGAUCCGCGUCGAAUGAACGGUAACAGCAACGAUAGCAGCGAACUAUUCCAGCGCACCAACUGUCUGCUACUGCGUAACGUUAAAGCCUCGGCGAGCGAGCGGGAUGUGUAUGAGUUCUUUGCGGAGGACGGCUUCCGGGCAAAGAACGUGCAGCUGGUAACGGACGAGUGGGGUUGCCGGACGGGCGAAGCGGUGGUUCAGUUUGAUUCGGCCAGUGAGGCCGCACACGCCGAGUCCAAAUCCUCGCAAAUGCUAGGCAACCAGACUGUCUUCGCCAGCCAUCUCGAUCGGGGUCAGGUGGCGGAGCUGAUGCAGCGGUUCGAUGCACAGGACCAGAAACGGCAAGAGCAUCAGCAGCGCCAUUCCAGGGGCGAAGGAAGCCCCCCAAGAUCCCGAUCAAACGGUGGUCGCGGUUCCGAGAACGAUGAUGAUGGUGACGACCAUCGUAGUGCUACGGUGGGGUUGCUUAAUUUAGCGUAUAAGACGACGGUCGAGGAUGUGCAGCGGUUCUUCCGCGAUUACCGGUUACCGCUCGAGAACAUUCAGCGCCUGUUUAUGGAUAAUGGUAAGGCGACGGGUGAGGCACUGGUACGCUUCCGAAAUCCGCGUGAAGCACGCCGGGCUAUUCGGGAGUGCAAUAAUCAGCGAAUGUUCGGUCGCAACGUGCGCCUGCGGAUAGUGGACGAUGCUAUGGAGCCCCGUAGCCGAAAGGGUUACUAAAGCUCUUGGGCCGGUGUCGUUUGGGGCUGGUCCGUGUACAUAUAGUGUGUGGAAAUUGUAUAAAUUGACUUUAUAUAGAAGUAUUUGAAUAAAGGUAAACACUAAAAUUGAAAGCGCCUGCUGUUUGAAUUUCUUGGGAAGACGCAUGC